GACCGCGUGCGCGCGUCCCUCGGCUCCCUGGCGGCUGUGCGCUGCAGCCGUUGGCGGCGUCUGGAAAAGACUCCCGAGUGGCGAUCGGGGGUGGGGUGGAGGGUGAACCCCGCGGCGCCGGACCAGGCCGCGACCUCUCGAGGGUCUCCCGCGUCUUGGAUUUGAGGGAAGAAGGGAGCGAGGCGAGGGAUGUGGACGGAGCCGCCCCACGCAAGGCCAAGGCGGGCGGGAAGCGAGCAGGAACUUCUCCGGGCUUUUCAGGGCUGAAUUGUUGGGGACCGAGCUGAAGAAGGGAGGUGCAAGGAAAUGGCUAGAAAACAUGAACAUUUUGGAUUAAGCUACUUGGAAGAACUUAUUAUACUUAAAGAGCGUGAGAAUAUAUGCAAAGAGUCUCGGCGGGAAUUUCUAAAGUUUAAACAAGAAACAGCUACGGCGGCUACAAAUCCAAAUCAGCUGACAAUCAUGGCACCUGACCAAUCACUUCAGGUUAUACAACCUGAUUCUAGCUGGAGCUCAAAGAGCCCAUCCCUAUUUCUGGAAAGCCCUAAUACUUCUCCUGAAUUAGAUACCUCUAGAAGUCCCAAAAAAAUAAGGAUCUCCCCUGAGGUAAUAGACACAAAAAACCAAAUACAAGAUUUCACAGCUCAACAAAAGAAAUAUCUUAAAAAACAGGACAUUGAUGACAAAAAACAGAACAGUGGUUAUAGAAAAAGUCUAGGAUACAGAAGUGAUAGCCAAAAAGAUGAAGGUGGAAGGUUGCCGGUAGCAAUAACCUCUUUAGUUGGUACUAACAAAAAAGUCACCAUAUUAAAGAAAUCAGAGCUCCCACCAAAACCCAAAUAUAAAAGGUUUAUUCCUACAAGGACACGGAAUAAACCUGUCACAUUACAGAAAUACGCUAUUGAUACUGAUACAGAGCAAAAAAUAAGCCCUCAUCAUAUAAUCCCUGUAGCUGCAGAAACCAGCACUACCAUUAUAGAUACAGAUGACACUUAUUCUGUGGCCUUCAGUACAAGUGAAACACCUAAAAUAUCUAAAGAAAUGUCAAAAACAAAUAUACCAAGUUCACUACUUGAGUUAGAAAAAACACACAGUAAAAAAGAUCAUUGCUCAUCUAGUUUAAAAUAUUUUCCAGAAGAUGUGGAAGAAUCUAUAGGUAAAAGUAGAUUAGACAUUUCCAGAGUAUCUGAGAGGCAUGUCCUGAAGUCUAGGUCACGAAUCCAUGCUUCUGUUCAGAAGUUAUCUUCUGGAAUGAUUCCACGGUCUAUUGAUGAAAUAAUUGCAUCCCUACAGUCUACUUCUCCAACUCCCUCAGACUUAAGGAUCAAAGAACUACUGGAGAGCGUUCUCGGCCAAGAUUACAGCAUAAAAAUGGAAAUAUUAACUAAACAUUCAGCAGAGAUGGAAACAAAAGAUGAACUUCUGAUCUAUUCUCCACAGACACCAGCUAUUAAAACAGAAACUCAGCCAGAAGAAUUGGAGUCUCAAGCUGAAGAAGCUACACCUGUGGAAACAGAACAGAUAAAACCAUCAUUAGACAUUGGAAAAGAACCCUGGACCAUAGACUUUGAAUACCCAGCUGCACAAGUGGCACCAGGAGAAGCUGAAUACACAAAACUGGAUAUACCUAGAAGUUCACAAAGGGCCGUAGUACUGCUGGAAGCCACAAAAGUGGAAGAUGAUACUGCUAAAGUUGAGGCACAAGAAGUAAUAACUGAAACACCUGGAGGGAAAGCAGUAUCUGUUGUAACAAUGCUUUCAGAAGAUACAUCAAGCUUACAAGAAAGUGAAGUGUUUUCAUCUUCAGAGGUUCAAGAGGCACAGGAGCCAGCUUCUCUGAAGCCAGAGAAGGUUCCAUCUGAAGAUCUAGAGGAGUCUGUAUCUGUAUUGGAAGUAAAAGGAAAAGCAUAUCCAAAGACAAAACUGGUAGAAAUCCAGAAAAGUCUAGAAUUUCCUGAACAUCAACCUCUGUCUUUACUUUCCACAUGGACUACAAAGAUCAAAGAUGUGGAUUAUCCACUUAUUCACCAUCUAUGUACAGCAUGUCCUAGCUGUGUAUUGCCUGUUGGUUUGCAGCUUGUUUCUAGAGUGCAUCAUACUUCAGACAAAACGGGCCAUAAUGUUUUACUACCGCCAUUUAAUCUUGGCUAUCACGAGUCAGAAUGUGAAGAGCUUUUCCCAGCAACGGCUGCUUUUGAGAAACAGAUGCGAAAAGAAAGAAUUUGUAAUGAAGGACUUCCUGUUUCAGAAGUAUAUGAGUGUAGUCAGAAAGAUGGGAUUAAGGUUUUGCCUGUGCACUCAACAAAAAGCAUGCCUGAAUGGCAAAGAAUAGCUGAAUUUUAUGUUGAAAAACCCAAACUGGAAUUGUUAGGAGAGCAAGUUAAACUUCAUCCAGGAUCUCUAAAAAUGUUUUGGACACCUGCUCCACAAAAAUUCUCUGCUCCUCUCUCUGUUAUGAAGAAAACUUUAUUUCCAAAGUAUGAGAGCAAUAUGAUUAAUGGUGUUAUCUAUGAAGAUUUUUCCUGUGAUCUUCGAGAGCAAGAAGAAUCGGAGUCUGAGGAUGACUUUGAUGCAUUGCUUUCGAGUGUUAAAGUCAGUAGAAGAUGUCAUUCUUGCCCAGAACUUGAUGCAAGUGAAACAUUAGAGGAAGAUUUGGUUGGAAGAUCAGUUAGCGCACCAGAAUUGUCAUCAUACAGAGACAAAACAGCUUUAAAAAUCGAUGCAAAUUUCAAAACUACUAUGGAGGAAAUGAAUGUUAUGAAGAAACAAGUUCCACUGCCAGAGGCAGAAAGAUCUCCAGCAAGCCCACAGAAGAGCUCUCCUAGCCCUCAGAAGAGUACUAGCCUGCAGAAGAGCUCUCCCAGCCCUAAAAAGAAUCCUCCAAAGGGCCCUCUUAGUCCUCCAAAGGGCCCUCUUAGUCCUCCAAAGGGCUCUCUUAGUCCUCCAAAGGGCUCUCCUAGUACUCCAAAGGGCUCUCUUAGUCCUCAGAAGGGCUCUCCUAGCAUAGAUAAAGAUGCUGAUUCUGUUGUGACAGUAAAAUCACCAAAAGAAUGUCCUUCUAAAAAUGCAGAGGACACUGCCAGUGCUCUUGCACUUUUGUCUCGAAAAGCUGGCAUUCCAUACAUUGUUUUCCCCAAAAGGAGCCAAAUAAAGAAAUCAAAGAAAGCAAAAGCUGUUACCUAUAACAUUCUAGAAUUUGUUUGUGAAAAAUUAAACCAACCUCCAAGCAUUCUUGAAAGGACGACAUCUCUUGGAAUGCUUCAUAGCCAUAAUAAAUUUUGCAUCAAAGUAUCUCCGGCAGUCCGAUUUUAUCGAAGUCCCAGUCUUCCUUGCUACUUAAAUUUUGAAAAAUUUGCAGAAGAUCAAGGUGGAAUUCCAGAAAACUGUGGUGGUUAUGUUUGGGCCAAAAUAAUCUGGAAUAAAUGGUUUGAUGAGCUGUACCCUCCUAGUAGGCCACCUUCUGGAGAUAAAGAUAAAACAGAUAAAAAGGAUGUGGAGAAGCAAACUGUAACAAAGGAAAAAGAUCUAACUGACUCAGUAAAUCCUCUUAUGAUGGAAAGCGAAAUGGACACACUGGAACUAUUUCAGUCUGAAAUUGAUAGACUAACCCGACAGAUAGAAGAAAAUCCUUCCUCUCCCUUUAACUAUUGCAGGCGUGGGGCAAUAUACAGAAAAACAGGCAAAUUGAAGGCAGCUAUGGAUGAUGUGGAAAAAGCAAUAAGUUUAGAACCAAUGCUGGUUAAUGCUUAUUGGCACAGACAUUUGCUUUUGCUUUACCAAAACAAAAUUCUUCCAGCACUAGAAGAUCUGAAUUUUAUAAUUAAAUGCAACAAAAACAAUGCAGAUGCGUAUCUGUCAAGAGCUGAUAUUUACAAAAGACAAGGAGAUAAUUCAUUAGCAAUUAUAAAUUACACCCUUGCUAUGAGAUGCAGACCUACAGAUGAUGAAAUAUAUUACCGGAGAGGAGAAGUCCAUGAAGAAAAUGGUGAUAUGCUCAUGGCUAUAGACGACUAUGCCAAAUGCUUUUACUACAACCCCAGAAGAACAGAUGCACUUAUGAAACAUGGAAAAUACUAUUUUGAAAAAUCGAAUUGGGUUGUCGCGAUUAAUGACUUUACAGCUGUGAUUAAAGAGGAUCCAAAUCAUGCUGAGGCAAGAACUUUUCGAGGAAGAGUAUACAUUAAACAAGAAAAGUAUAAAAAUGCAGCUGAAGAUUUUGCUGCUGCAAUUCACUUGAACCCUUGCAAUUGGAUAGCAUACUACCACAGAGGUUGUAUUUUGAGAAUUAUGAAACCAAAACAAGCUCUACAGGACUUCAGUAUUUCUGUUCUUCUCAAUCACAGCUAUGACAAUAUCAAUGCUUACCUUCAUCGAGGGAUAUUGUAUGCAGAACUGAAACAGUGGAUACUGGCAAUCUGUGAUUUCGAAACUGCACUAGUUCUAGACAGGAGCAUUACCUCGGCCUACAUAAACAUUGGACUGAUUCUGAUGUUACAUCUUGAUCAGUAUUUUGAAUCUAUUCAACAGUUCACAAAUGCCAUCCAGGUCGAUCCUUUGAAUAUUAGACCAUAUGUGUGCAGAGCUAAAGCAUAUCACAAGAUUCAUGAUUUAAAAAGUGCAGUGAAAGAUAUUAAUAGAGCAAUUCAUCUCCAGCCGAAUUCACCUCAUUUAUGUUUAACAAGGGGACAGUAUUUACUAGAGAUGAAGAAUUAUGAGCUUGCAACUUUCUGCAUACACCAAGUAGCAGAAAUAGGCCAAGGAUCCCUUGAAUGUUCUCUUGUUCAGGAAGCACUUGUUCAGUCAUUUUGUCAGAAUCAUAAUAAGGCUAUUGAGUGUGCACUUGCAGCUAGCAAAAAGCAGCCUGAGGCUUCCAUGAUUGUUCUCCUUGGAAAAAUCCAAAUGAAAGCCAAAAAAUACAAGGAUGCUGUGGCUGCUUUUAAACAGGCCUUGAAGCUUCUACCUACCAAAACAGCGUCUACUUCAUUUGAAGCUGCAGAGAUGUAUUAUUUUAUAGGUCUUUGCCACAUGGAACAAGUCUCUUUAUUACAGGCCAGUGAUGCUUUCUCCGCUGCUGUCAAGCUUUAUCCACGUUAUGCUGAUGCAUUGUAUCAGCGUGGGCUGUGCAGAAUGCAACUUCAGCAAGCUAAAGCGAUAUUAGAUUUCAACAAAGUGCUUGCUGUUGCACCAACACAUUUCCAGGCAUAUUUAAGCCGCGCUGCUUACUAUGGAAGUAAAGGAAGAUAUUCUAAGGCAAUCGUGAAUUGCACUGAAGCCAUCAAAAUUCAUUCUAAGAGCGUCAGGGCCUAUCUCUACAGAGGAACACUGAAAUUUUACAACAGGACUUAUGAACUUGCAAUUGAAGAUUUAACUAAAGCCAUAGAGGUGGACAAUACUUGCAUUUUGGCAUAUUACAAUAGGGCAAUUAUUUACCACCAGAUAAAGGACUACAAAAAGGCUUUGAAAGACUAUGGGAUUGUUCUUCUUCUUGAUGCAACCAAGGAUAUUAUCUUGAAAGUGUUGAUUAACCGUGCAUUACUCUAUGCACAACUGGAUCAGCAUGCUUAUGCACUAGAGGACCUUACAGAGGUAACACUGAGUAAACCAAAAGAUAGUCAACUGUUCAAAGUUAUUGGAACCUGCUAUUACAGACUUCAGAAGUAUGAAGAAUCCGUGAAUUCAUUUUCCAAGGUUCUUAAACUAGAUCCCUUUUGUUUGGAUGGUUAUAUUGGACGAGGGAAUUCAUACUUGGAAUACGGUCAUGAGGAAGGCACUAAAAACGCCCAGAAAGAUUUCUCAAGAGCAAUACAUUUGAAUCCAAUGUGCACAAAGGCUAGACUUUGCUUAGGAUACAAUUUGCAGGCCCUUGGAAAGUUUCAAAAAGCCUGGAACCAGUUUUCAGCAGUCAUUCACUUUGAUCCAAACUGCCACACUGCUUAUGAUGGGCGAGCUAUAGUCUGUCUUCAGAUGGGGGAUACUUUUGCUGCCUUUCAAGACACAAAUGCAGCACUAAAGAUUGUUACCAAUGCAGAAUUGCUUACAAAUCGAGGUGUCAUUAAUCAAUUUAUGGGAUAUUUAAGCUGUGCCAUGAAAGAUUAUCAGCAGGCUAUCACCAUUGACUCAGGCUAUGCUUUGGCAUAUUUCAAUGCAGCAAAUAUUUACUUUCUGAACAGACAGUUUUCACAGGCAUAUGACUAUUAUUCAAAGGCAUUGAUGUUCGACCCCAAAAAUGAAUCUGCAUUCCUGAAUCGAGCUAUUACAAACACCCUGUUAAAAAACUUUGAAGAAGCAAAAGCAGAUUUUGAGAAGGCUAUUUGCCUUUCUCCUUUCUCUGCAGCAAUAUAUUUCAACAAGGCCAAUCUCUACAAUACAUUAAAGGAAUAUGAGCAAGCUGAUGAGGAUAUUUCAAAAGCACUGUCAAUUCAACCUUAUGAUGCCCUGAUGUAUAAGCUUAGAGCUGAUAUUCGUGGCAAAAUGGGCCUCAUUAAAGAAGCUAUUGCUGACUACAAGAAAGCUAUCAGUAUCCAAGAACUUAUCAGCACUGGCUGAAAUAUCUUUCAUUGUAUAGUAACAUGAUGGCUUACAUUAUAGGGACUUUUCCAGGUUAUGAUGAAGACCACGUGUGUUCUGCUAUUGUCAUAUAGUGUUUAUGUUAAUGUUGUAUGUGCUGUCAUAAUUUGGCAUUUGUAUCUCUACAUACUUUUUUCGUAUAACUGAGUAGGAAAUUUUAAAUGAAAAGAAUAAAAGCAACACAAAACGUAAUCACUUCAAAAUUAUGUAUUAUGCCAGCUUAUAGGACAAUGUUGCAUCCCCCAAUGUAGCUGCAACACAGCAUUAUUUCUUCCCAUUUAUUCACAAUAUAACCUGAGCAAACCAAAUAGUAAAAAAGAAAUUGUUAAUUCUUAUAGUCUGUAGCAUGAUCCAUAGGAAAUUCAUAAGUCUGUGUUCUAUGCCUGCACAGGACUUUGUGGGUGGAAAAUCCAAGCUCCUCUAAUAAUUAUAUCAACACACAUAGAAUCGUUAUAUAUGCUAGUUAUCAAUUGAAGAAACCACCAUCUUUCAACAAAAUAUGUCUUCAGUGGUUACAAAUACUAAUUCCAUACUUACAGAGUUAUAAUGUCAAGAAUUGGUGAAGUUACCAUCACCUCCCUAGAAGUAAUUACUGUAAGUCUCCCAAAUUUUUUACUGUUCAUCUAACUGGCUGCAAGCUUGGCUCAUUAAAAGUUCUUCAAUUAAAUUCCUUCAAACUCUG